ACCGUCCAAGGCGUGGUGCUGCGUCCGAACAUAAUAAAACAAGGGGGAAUAUUUGUUCUGUGGAACCCUACUAUCGGUUAGGGUUUUUAGCGAGAGGGGGAGAGUUGAGGGGUCAUGCGUCGGUUCGGUCGAUGGUGUCAUUCGCUCAGAGAGAGUGUCGAUUCUCUAAAAUCAACCGGCGUCCCUGAAGUAGAAGGUGCCAUGGAGGUCUUGGUGAUAUGCUCUUUUCACCGGAGUGGGGAGGGAGCUGUGGUCAAAAUGCUGGAUGGUUUGCUUUGAGAGCCCUUCUUUUGCCAGUAGGUGUGCCACCUGGUUCGAUUCUCUUGGCCUGAAGAUGAGCUCAGUGUUGUUCGUCCGUCGAAGAAUCCAGAGUUUGAAGAAUUCGUCGGUCAGGUAAGUCGGUGCUCUACUGUGCCCAUGAGUGACGUUGAAUAUUGUUAGCGAAUCUGUCUGCAUCACUAUUUUGUUGUAACCCUGUUCUGAGAAAAUUUGAAGCGAGGACAAAAUUGCUUGGAGUUCCGCUCGGAGAGGACUGUUGCUGUGCAAGGGGAAAGCCGUAGCUCCGAAAAGCUCACCUCUGUUGUUUCUGAGGAUAGCUCCUCCGGUGCUGCGGUUGUCAACGUGCGAAGCGUCAACGUUGAGGCAUAGAGUGUCAGGCGAGGUGCUGAGUUUGGAUUCAAUUGCCUGCAUAAGGGCUGCACAGUGUAUUGGUCUGGUUAUUCCUUGAUGUAGAGUUGCCCCAAGGUAUGUUACUGGUUGAUGGUCAGCCCCGGUUGCACUGGUGAAUUUAUCCAAGAAGGAUUUCAGGUUUUUCAUGGAUGACGGAGAACCAUUGAGGAAAAUCAUCACAUUGUCCGCGAAAGCGAGAUGUGUUGUUGUUAAAAACCCCCUCCCUAUUUCAGAUUGCUCAUGAUGAGCGUGGUAGUGGUCUCGUUGAUGCCAAUCUUAAUUAAGGUUGCUCGUUGAAAUUCCCAAGAGACCCGGUCAAACGCUUGGGCUAGGUCCAGUUUGACUGCCACAUUGCUUCCUCUGGCCUUUUUGUCUAGGUGAAGAAGUAUCUCGUUGGCCAACAUGAUGUGUGUGUGAAUGUUUUCACCAGCCAUAAAUCCGAUCUGUUCCGGAGAUAUUAUUUUGCGCAAUAGGGGUUUGAGUCUGUUCACCAAGAUUUUGGUGCAGACCUUAUGGGUGAGGUUAGCCAGACUAAUCGGCCAAAACUGAUCAAGGGUUUUGGGUGAGUCGCAUUUAGGGAUUAGGACGAGUAGGGAGCAAUUUAGUGCCUUGGGCAUCGGGGUUCCUGUGAAGAACUCUUGGAUGGCCGGAGUAAAGUCAAGGUGAAUAAUGUCCCAACAGGACCUGAAGAAAUGCCCAUUGAAGCCAUCCGGGCCUGGGCUGCUAUUUGGGUCAAUAGCCCAGACAGCAUCUUUGAUUUCCUGGGGGAGUGGAAUUGCUGCUAGGGACUUGUUGUCUAAAUCCGUAAACACUGUAGGGAGGAGGCUGAUUAGGUUGUUUUGGGCGUCUGGAUCCGUGGGUUGAUUAGAGUAGAGGGACUUGAAGUGGGCUUCAAUAGCUUCAACAAUUUCCAUAGGGUCCGUGAUUGUGUUCCCCUUGUCGUCCUCAAUCAGUAGUAUUUUUUGGUGUUUCCUUUUAGCCCUUACGUAGUCAUGGAAGAAUUUGGUGUUUGCGUCCCCAUCGUUCAAUCAUUUAAUGCGUGCUCUUUGGGACCAAAAACGUUUUUCUUGGGUCAAUUUGAGGGUGAGAUGGGCUUGGGCCAGGGACCAUUGUUCUCGGGUUGAAGGGUUAAGGUUUUUUUCGAACUCAGAUUCAGCUCUUUGGGCCUCUAGCUCGGCCCGAGUUAUUCCAUUUGAGAUGAGUCCAAAAGUCUCAUUGUUCCAAGUACGAAGAGCCUUUUUUAGAUUUUGAAGUUUGUGAUACAAGGCUCUCAUUCCUCCACCUCUGUACUGCUCUGAGCCCCAAUUAAUUUUGACCGUCUCUAGGAAGGUUGGGUGGGAAAGCCACAUGUUUUGGAAACGGAAAGGUCAGAAGUGGGGGAGUGGUCAGAAGUGGUCCUAGCAGCAUGGUCUUCAUUGAUAUUUUCAAAAGAUUUGAAAAAGCUGUCAUUGGACAAAAAUCUGUCCAGGCGGCGCCAGAGUCUGCCAGUUUGUCUAACACCGGUCCAGGUGAAUUCACUCCCAGUGAAUGGGAUAGAAUUUAGCUGGCAGUAAUUAAUGCAAGCAGUAAAAUGUUAAAUGUCAUGAAGUUUAGGUGGAGUUUUAGCUGGCAGAUAGUAAGCUUAUGGAAUUCUAUCAAUUCAGAACCUCAAAAACAGCUAAAUUGUCCAUUCAGAAUCUGAUGCGAAGCCACCAGAGUUCGAGCUUCUGGUCAGAAGCCACCAGAGUUCGAGCUUCUGGUCAGAAGCCACCAGAGUUCGAGCAACUCUGAUCCGAAGCCACCAGAGUUCGAGCAACUCUGAUCCUGGGAAAAAAUUAAAACGUUUUGAUUUAUUUGUUUUUAAUUAAUUCUAUUGCUAGUUUUGUAUGAAACUUUUCUUCACAAAUGUUUAUUAGUUUAAUAAAAUAAAUAAUAUUUAAAAUUUAAAAAAAAAUCUUGCCAAUUUAGGACUUUGAUUGAUAGUUUUUAAUCAUUCAAGUUCGGCCUAUAUAUAAUCAUUCAAGUUCGGCCUAUAAUUUUAUAAGUUCAUUUAUCUUUUAAGCCAUGGACUUAUAAAAUUCUUAAUUUUAUAGAAAAAUGUAUUUAUAGGUGACCCGGUCCGCCUCAAUUACGCUUGCACACUUAGGAGUUACAGUUAGGUUACUAAGACAGGUGAAGUAAACAUGCAAGUUGCUUAAAACGCUGCUUACGAAUCGAAAGAGGUGCUUAGAGUGUCGCUUACAAAGCAUAACAUCCUCUCAUGUCUUACAUUUACCACUUGCCCUUACCCUAUUGCUACCCCACUACCUCACCCUACCCUACCUUACCCUGACCCAACCCCGACCCCCGACCCCACCUCGACCCCCAACCCCUCCCCGACCCCGACCCCAACCUUGAACCCCCGACCCCAUCCUGACCCCGACCCCACCCCAACCCUUGACCCGACCAUACCCCAACCCCACCUUACCCCUACCCUACACUCCACCACCUGCCCUACCCCACCCCACACUCACCCUACCCCUUUACCCCCUACCACCUUCCCCUACCUUGACUCGACCCCAACCCCGACCCCAACCCAACCCCUUUACCCCCUACCCUUACCUCGACUCACCCCUACACCCACCCCCAUCCUACCCCCCUACACCCACUUGUACCCCUUACCUCGACCCUACCCUUUUACCCCUACCACUUGCCCCUACCUCAAACCCACCCCCGACCCUGACCCCACCCACUCCCAUUACCAUACCCGAAACCCAACCCCUUUACCCCAUAUCACCUGCCCCUACCUUGACCCAAUUCCUACGAGUAGGGUGGGGGUUGGUAUGGGUGGGAGUAGGGGUGGAGGGUAAGGUCGUGGUAAGGGUAAGGGUAGGGAAGGGGUGGGGGUCAAGGCUGAGCGGUCGGGGUACAGGGCGAGGUAGGGGUUAGGGAUGUGGGUAAGCGACUAAAGCGUACGAGGUGACCCCACAUAUUAUAUUAUAUACUUGUGUUCAUGAAUGUUUCUGUGUGUAUGUAUCUAUAGGGUUAUUUUGGACAUUUUAUUGUUAAACAUUGUUUUAAAUCUUGCUUAUUUUAUGCGCCGCUUAUUAACGCGAGUCUUAAUAAGCACUGUAUAGUAACCUGUGAAGUAAACGUGUCCUUAGCCAUUUAAUUUAUCGGGUAUUCCAGACAUGCAAAUAUCAAGGGCUUACAUCACAAUCGUUACCGCUGACAUCGCAGACUCAAAUCCCUACACGCUUACAUCAUCAGUGACAUGCAAAUAUCAAGGGCUGGUGUCAUCUCACAUCACCAUGACAUCGGUAGGCACGAUUCCCAAGUAUUCAAGGGACACGUGUGUGUUUGUCUCAUUAGCUAGCUUGUUGGGUUUAAGGCCCAAGCCUUGUACUUUUGCCUAUAAAUAGUCACCUCCCCGUUUGGAAACAGAAUCAGAAUUUCAUUGUACUAUAAUUUUGUCAAAUUUAAUUUAUUAUACAGCCUCCUUACAGUUGUUAUAUCGUGGGAGCAACCCAUGGUGAGGAUAAUACUCCCAUAGCUAAAACACGCGUGAACAGUAACAUGUGUGAACAAUAAUUUUUUCUUUUCAUUAGCAGGGUGAUGUAAUUCGCGUGAUACCACGGGAUACCACUAUCUAUCGUGUCUGACAGAGAUCCAAGAUUUACUUCUCAGUUCUGGUGUAGCUUACAAAAGGCACUUGGUACAAAACUAAAUUUUAGCACAGCUUUUCAUCCUCAACCAGAUGGUCAAUCUGAAAGAGUUAUUCAAAUUCUUGAAGAUAUGAUGCGAGGAUGUGCUAUUGAAUUCAAAGGAAGUUGGGAAAAAUAUCUACCUCUGAUGGAGUUCGCUUACAACAAUAGCUACCAAGCUACCAUCCAGAUGGCACCAUAUGAAGCUCUUUAUGGUCGCAAGUGUAGAACUCCAGUGUGUUGGACAGAGCUAAGCGAGAGAAAAAUCAUUGGGCCUGAUAUGAUUCAAGAAACAGAGGAAAAGAUUAAAUUGAUUCAAGAACGACUCAAAACGGCAUCUGAUAGACAAAAGUCAUAUGCAGAUCUCAAGCGUCGUGAUAUCGAGUAUGAUGUGGGAGAAAAAGUUUUCUUGAAAGUAUCUCCUUGGAAAAAAGUACUUCGUUUCGGUAAAAAGGGUAAGUUAAGUCUGAGGUUUAUUGGACCUUACGAAAUAACUGAGUGUAUUGGUCCAGUAGCUUAUCGACUAGCAUUACCACCCGAACUAAGUCAAAUACAUGAUGUAUUUCAUGUGUCUAUGAUACGAAUAUACAAAUCAGACCCUUCACAUGUAUUAUCACCAGGAACCGUGGAGAUUGAUAAAAUUUUGACAUGUGAAGAAGAACCAGUGCAGAUACUCGCUAGAGAUGUAAAAAUGUUAAGAAACAAAACGGUUCCUUUAGUCAAAGUCCUUUGGAGAAAUCACACCACAGAGGAAGCAACAUGGGAGACAGUGGAAGCUAUGUUGACUCAGUAUCCACAUCUAUUCCAUAACAUUGGUUAAGGUAAUUUCGAGGACGAAAUUCUUUUAAGGGGGAAAAAAAUGUAACGCCCCAAAAUCCGGUCUAAUUGAUAAGUAGAUAUGAAUAAAUUAUUUAUAAAGUAAUAAAUUUUCAAUCAAAAAUUGGGAAUUUUCUUCUUAAUUAUUUCUUCUUAAUUUUACUAAAAAGCCUUAAAUUUAUUUUAUACUGUACAUGAAUGUGAGAGUUGUAGUUAAAAAAAAUAUAACAUCUAAAGUGGCAAGUUAAAUUAGGAUGACAAUACGUUAAAGACUAUUAGGAAUUUCUUCAAUAUUUAAUAAACCUAUUGGUGACUAACAAUUUAAAGAACUUCCAAGAAGUAGUGAUGUAGCAAGAAUUCAUCAUCAUAAUGGGACACUUGGCUUCAAUAGGACACUUUCAAGAAUGACAAGGAUCAAAAUUUACCAUAUAAAUAGGUAAUUUCUUCCAUUGAAUUUUACAUAAUCAAGCUAACCAAAUAAAUAUGAUUCUAAGAGCUUGCAAAAAGAAAGUUGUCCGUAUUGAGUAUUAUCUCCAGGGAUUUUCAGAUAAAUUUUAUCUAUAAGAUCAGUACGUUUCCGCCCCAUUUUAGUUAAUGAGUAUUUUAAUGUAUAAAUUCCGUCCCCGUUUCCUGUUAUGUUAUGGGGAUGAUGGACAUCCUAUAAUGUUAGAAUUAUUAUUUUUGUAUAUCUAAAAUGUGUAUUCUCAAUAUAUAUUCUGUAGGAAUUAUUGUUUAAUGAAAAUAUAUUUAAGUCAUUAUUUUUUCAGGCCAGUAUUGACAUGUUGUUGGUAUAGACGAACACUUAUGACAAUUAAUAAAGAUAAAUUCAAACAAAAAGAAAAUAAAAUGGACAGGAGUAUAAUACAUUCAUAACCUGCAUGCAUGCAUUAUUUCACUAUUUCAUAUACGUACUC